AUGGUCAACAUUAGAAUUUCUCUGCUAAGUGCAGCGGUUAUUGUAACAGGUUGUCUGAACUCUGUGUUCACCAAAUAUCAAGAUAAUCAAUGUGUUAGAAACUGUCAGGACCCAGAUUUCUCGAAGCACGUCUACUUUGAACAGCCGGCUUUGCAAACUCUGCAGAUGUUUGUCGGAGAAUCUGGUUGCUGGGUAGUGGUCUUCUUAUCUUGGCUUUCAACAGUUGUCAAAUACUAUUCUAAGGGGAGAAAAAAACCACUUUACGCUCCACUGUCAGAAGGCGACUCAGAUCAGACAAAGCUACCUGAGCUGACUGGUCUUAGAAGCUUGAUUUUGGCAAUUCCUGCUGUUUGUGACGUGUGUGGAACGACAAUGCUGAAUGUAGGCUUACUCUACACCCCUGUGAGCAUUUACCAGAUGGCUAGAGGGUCAUUGAUUUUAUUUGUCGCCCUAUUCUCUGUGUUUUUUUUAAACCGAAGAAUAUCCAGACUUGAAUGGUUGUCCCUUUUUGUGGUCACGUUUGGUGUAUUCUUAGUGGGUCUCAGUGGAGCACUUGGAAAUAAAGUUCACAUAUCAGGGGACAAAAACACUUCAUUUGCAGUCAUUUUUGGUAUCACUUUGAUCCUCAUUGCUGAGAUUUUUGCAGCAUCGCAGUUUGUGUCUGAAGAGUACAUCAUCUCAAGAUCUUCUGUCGAUCCGUUGAGAUUAGUUGGCUUCGAAGGUAUUUUUGGAGGUUCUAUUACGUUCCUGGUCAUGGUCAUAGCAUACAGUGUUGUUGGAAGAUCCAAUCCUGGUGGACCAUUUGAUAUCGUCACUUCUUUCAAGGAUGUUACGGCUAACUCACAAGUUAUCUGGUCAAGCGUGGCAAUCAUGAUAUCCAUUGGAAGUUUCAAUUUUUUUGGCAUUUCUGUUACCGACGAGUUAAGUGCUACAGCCAGAAGUACUAUCGACACGUGCAGAACAUUACUCGUAUGGCUAGUCUCCCUUUAUCUAGGUUGGGAAAGCUUCAAAUGGUUACAAUUAGUUGGAUUUUCGCUUUUAGUGUUAGGAACACUAACCUUUAAUGGUGUUCUGAAGGCUGAGAACUGGUACUUUAUUCCUGAAUGGUUCAAAAAGGAUGCUCCUCUACCUGGAGAAAGGGUAAUUGACGUUGUGGACGAACAAAUCGAAAGAUUCUAG